AUGUCGGUGUCAGGGAAGAAGGAGUUCGACGUGAAGCAGAUCCUCAGGCUUCGCUGGCGCUGGUUCAGUCAUUCCUCGCAGACCUCAGCUGGCAAUGGGGGCUAUAUUCAGCAAGAGGGCUUCGACCACCGAGGUACACCGGUCCAGAGCCGACUGAAGAGUCACUCCCGGGACAGAGGGGGACUUCGCAAGAGCAACAGCCCAGUGCACAGCAUUCUGGCUCCCACUCCCAGCCCCACACCUGUCUAUGUCAGGCCAGGCAAUCAAUCAUGGCACCAGCAGAACAUCAUCCAGCAUCUCCAAGCCAGCGAGGACUCUCCAAAGAACAACUCGCCCACCAGCGCCAGGAAAGAGGACAGCAAGAGCAGCCAGGAGCAUGUGAAGAGCAACCCACAGGAGCCCUCCGAGGAGGAAGCCACAGACAGGUUGAUUUUGAGCAGUUACUCUAAGAUGAGCUCCAACUGCUCAGACGAGUUUUUCCAGGCCACAAACCAUGCGGAACAGACCUUCCGCAAGAUGGAGACUUACCUGCAGCACAAGCAGCUGUGUGAUGUGCUCUUGAUAGCCGGAGAUCAUAAAAUCCCUGCACACAGACUUGUUCUAAGCGCUGUUUCCGACUACUUCGCUGCCAUGUUCACCAACGAUGUGCGGGAGGCCAAACAAGAGGAGAUUAAAAUGGAAGGUGUUGAUCCGGAGGCACUAAGAUCAUUAGUUCAUUUCGCAUACACUGGUGUCCUUGAGCUGAAGGAAGAGACGAUCGAGAGCCUAUUAGCUGCAGCAUGUCUUCUCCAGCUCUCACAAGUUAUUGAGGUCUGCUGCAACUUUCUAAUGAAACAACUUCACCCGUCCAACUGCCUGGGGAUACGCUCGUUUGCUGAUGCUCAAGGGUGCAUGGACCUGUUAAACGUGGCCCACAGCUACACUAUGGAACACUUUCUAGAAGUCAUUCAGAACCAGGAGUUUCUCCUGCUUCCUACAAUGGAAAUAGUGAAACUGCUGGCCAGUGAUGACAUCAAUGUUCCAGAUGAAGAGACUAUUUUCCAGGCACUGAUGAUGUGGGUGCGCUACGACGUGCAGCACCGACAACGAGAUCUGGGAGUGCUACUUGCGUAUAUCCGCCUACCCCUUCUGCCACCUCAGCUUCUUGCUGAUUUGGAAAAUAAUAAGAUGUUUUCUGAAGAUCUGGAAUGCCAAAAGCUACUGAUGGAGGCCAUGAAAUACCAUUUGCUGCCAGAGCGCCGCCCAAUGCUACAGAGCCCAAGGACCAAACCUCGCAAAUCCACUGUUGGGGCACUCUAUGCUGUAGGAGGAAUGGAUGCCUCAAAAGGUUCUACGACAAUAGAGAAGUAUGACCUGCGCACAAACACUUGGAUCCAGGUUGGCAUCAUGAAUGGCCGGAGGCUUCAGUUUGGUGUGGCGGUCAUCGAUAAUAAGCUCUAUGUGGUUGGCGGAAGGGAUGGCCUUAAGACAUCCAACAUGGUAGAGUGCUAUGAUCCAAUCACUAAAGUGUGGUGUACUAUGCCACCUAUGUCAACCCACAGACAUGGGCUAGGGAUUGCCGUGCUGGAAGGGCCUAUGUAUGCAGUGGGAGGUCAUGAUGGAUGGAGCUAUCUGAACACAGUGGAGAGGUGGGACCCCCAGGCCAGACAGUGGAAUUAUGUGGCUAGUAUGUCUACUCCUCGGAGCACUGUGGGAGUCACUGCUCUUAAUGGAAAAUUGUUUGCUGUGGGUGGUCGUGAUGGGAGCUCUUGUUUGCGGUCGAUGGAGUGUUUUGAUCCCCAUACAAACAAAUGGAGUAUGUGUGCACCAAUGGCGAAGAGGAGAGGGGGCGUGGGUGUGGCCACAUACAACAGUUUCCUCUAUGCAGUCGGUGGCCAUGACGCACCAGCUUCAAACCACUGCUCUCGCCUGUCCGACUGUGUGGAGAGGUAUGACCCAAAAACAGACACGUGGACCACGGUGUCGUCCCUCAGUGUGCCUCGUGACGCAGUGGGAGUAUGUUUGCUUGGGGACAGACUGUAUGCGGUCGGCGGCUAUGAUGGUCAGUCCUACCUAAACAGUGUGGAGUCCUACGACGCGCAGAACAACGAGUGGACUGAGGAGGUCCCUCUGAACAUCGGCAGAGCCGGGGCCUGCGUGGUGGUGGUGAAAUUGCCUUGAGCGCUCAGGCUUUCUGAGCCAUGCUCUUACAGCAGACACACCAGCAGUAGAGAAAAAAAAGAAAAAGAACUCUUGAUGUCAACACUUGGAAUGUUCUUUCGUGCUCAUUCCUCUCUGGCGCGGAUGACAAGAAUGUGAGGGGCCUAAUAGCUGAGUGUUGCUACGGUAGACAGAGAAAAACAGUGUGAUUUAUUAUAUCAGUGCUUACCAGAUUUUACAUCCAACUUUUGGAAAUCAAAAUUUUUCACAUAGAAAUGAUCUACACCAGUGAAUUCAUGAAAAAUGUGUAUCAAAAGUCACUUUUAUCAGAGCUAUUAGUUUUCAUAUCCUGUUUACCUCACCAUAUAUAUCGUGUUUACCUCAUCAUACAAUUUGAGGUCAGUAUUAUCAUGUGUUACUAACUUUCAGUGACAUAAAAAUGAAAUGUAUGUUAAAGGAUAGGACAGCUACAAACGUGUUUAUUUAAUUUUUUGUGUGUUUUGUGGAACAAAAAGUGUAAUUUGACUCUUGACAAUGCAUUUUUGAAGACCACUGUGAGUACAUGCAGUUGUGAGCUUGCCAACUAAACACCCACAACCUUUUUUGGAGACCAUUCAUACACAAAAGUCAUUUAAUUACACUUUUUUUUAAAUGUAAGACUAGAUAUAGCACGAAAUGGACAUUUCUUUUAAGAAGCUGUCUUUAAAGUAGCUGCAAAAACACCAAAGUAAUUACCACGUGAUAGUAGUCAUGACUUUCAACGUUUACAAAAUAGUGAAUUUACAAAUAUAUCAUAUUGAUAUUUCACAUUACUGUAUAGUUUUUUGUAAUUAAGCCAUGUACAUAUUUCCAGAAUCUGUGUUAAAUGUAAUUUAGGAUCAUAUUGUUUUUGGCAUGCUGCUUCAGUAUAUUUGAAUGCCAUUCUGUAAUGCUUUCUAAUGCUCUCAAAAUCCAUUUACAGAAGUCAGCACUGAUGCAUUAUUUGAAUUCUGACAUUUUUUGAGUUUGAGUUGUUUUUUUUCCUUGGCAAUGUAGAUGAGCAUUUCACACGAAACACUGACCUGAAAUUUCUGAAUUAGAACUUUAUGGAGUCUAAAUGAAUUUUGCAAGUGAGGUUUUGUAGUAAGUGAGAUUCACAAAUUCAAAAUAUUUCAAUUUUCAUUAUUUUAUAUAGCAUGCAAACAUAAAUAAACUUUUUUUCCUCUUUA